UUUCUGAAUUUUGCCAUAUGUCAAAACAGAUUCAACGCAACUAGGCUGCUUGAAAAGCUGAGGAACAAGAGAUUAGUGUUUGUGGGCGACUCAGUCAACAGGAACCAAUGGGUUUCUCUGGUGUGCAUGGUGGAGGCCUCAAUACCUGAUGACAGGCUCAAGACGCGUAUCUUCAAUGGCUCUCUCAUAUCCUUCAAGGCAUUGGAAUACAAUGCAACAAUAGAUUUCUACUGGUCACCGUUGCUUGUGGAGUCCAACAGCGACAACCCAAUUAUCCACCGGGUGGAGUACCGGAUCAUAAGGGCAGACAGAAUUGAGAAGCAUGCCAGUGUCUGGAGGGAUGCUGACAUCAUUGUCUUCAAUUCUUACCUGUGGUGGAGGAAGCAGAAGGAUGACAUGAGGAUGAAGGUUAUGUAUGGUUCAUUUGAAGAUGGCGAUGCAAGGUUAGAUGAAAUGGAAAUGGUCGAUGGUUUCGAGAUAGCUCUGAAGAAACUAACUGAAUGGCUGGGAGAGAAUAUUGACAAGAACAAGACUAGAAUCUUUUUCGCAGGAUCAUCACCAACACAUUCCUGGGCUAGCAACUGGGGUGGAGAAGACAGCAACAAGCGCCUCAACGAAACAGAGCCGAUCUACAAAGUCGGGUACAAAGCGGCAACUACAGACUACAGCUUGAUGGCCAAGGCUAAGUCAUAUUUUAGAACACUGGAGCCCAAGGGUAUACAUGUUCAGAUACUGAACAUCACAGAGCUGUCUGACUACCGCAAGGACGGGCAUCCUACGGUGUUCAGGAGACAAUUCGUUCCUCUAACGAAAGAGCAGAUUGCGAACCCAGCCAGCUACGCGGAUUGCACGCAUUGGUGCCUCCCGGGCGUUCCUGAUGUCUGGAACGAGUUUUUAUACGGCUACCUCAUGUACAAAUGAUACUUCACAUACCAUCCCAAUAUAUAGUGUAGAAAUGA